AAUGCUUUGGCCACGUCCAGAUGUCAAGUGCUCACUGAGCUGAAUUACUUCACUGGAGAGAGCCACACAACACGAGAAUUUUUAAAAGGCCUCCGCCUUCAGAAACGACAUGAUGAAUUCUACGCCCACGGCCCCUGUGGAGGAGCUCUGCCCAAGGAACACGACCAUCACUCAGUACAUCAUCCCUGGCCUGUACUGCGUGGUCUUCAUCACGGGCAUCGUGCUCAACGGAGUCUCGGGAUGGAUAUUCUUCCACGUGCCCAGCACCAAGAGCUUCAUCGUCUACCUCAAGAACAUUGUGGUGGCGGACUUCCUCAUGAGCCUGACUUUCCCGUUCAAGAUCUUUAACGACGUGGGCCGCGGCCCCUGGCAGCUGAACGUGUUCGUGUGCCGGGUUUCCGCGGUAUUCUUCUACAUCAACAUGUACGUCAGCAUCCUGUUCUUUGGGCUCAUCAGCUUCGACAGGUAUUACAAAAUCGUCAAGCCUCUCGUGGCUCCGUUUAUCCAGUCUCUGAAUUACAGUAAAGCCCUCUCCCUGAUGGUGUGGCUGCUGAUCCUCUUUCUCGCCGUCCCGAACAUGAUCCUGACCAACCAGAGUCCGAAGGAGGUGGCGCAGAUCAAGUGCAUGGAGCUGAAGAGCCCGCUGGGGCAGAAGUGGCACCAAGCGUCCAAUUACAUCUUCGUGGGCAUUUUCUGGAUCGUGUUUCUCCUGCUCAUCGUCUUCUACACGGCCAUCACGAGGAAAAUCUUCAAGUCCCAGCUGAAGUCCGGGAGGAAAUCUAUUUCGGUCACGAGGAAAUCUAGCCGCAACAUAUUCAGCAUUGUGUUUGUUUUUUUCGUCUGCUUUGUGCCUUACCAUGUGGCCAGGAUCCCUUACACCAAGAGUCAGAUAGAAGACCAUUACAGCUGCCAGUCAAAGGAAACCCUGCUCUACGUGAAAGAGUUCACUCUGCUACUGUCCGCUGCCAACGUGUGCCUGGACCCCAUUAUUUAUUUCUUUCUCUGCCAGCCAUUUCGAAAGACCUUAUGUAAGAAACUGAACAUCCCCCUAAAAGAGCACAGUGAUUUGGAAGUGUCUAAAGCCAAACGGGGAACUCCAGCCCAGGAAAGCACGGAGACUUUAUGAAUUCCGCCCGCUUCCAAAUACAGUCCCGAGUGUGCGUCAUCUAAUCUCCAACGCCAAGAAAGCGCAAUGAAUAAGAAACAUGCCCACAACAGUGAGCAUCCCCCCCAGGCAUUUGCAUCCACCUGAGUGUACCAGUCAAGUGAAAUGAAUGUGUCCACGCUUCAUUGUAACUUCGCCCGUCAGCUGACUUUUCUCUGAAUACUGGUAUUUAUGCUUCCUGUUCACAGGAAAGAAGAAUUGUAAUACACUUUCUACCCCCAUCACAAUGAAAGGUUUAAAUUUAUAACUCUCCCUCUAGUCAACUUGUGCAUAAACUUAAAUAUGUAAAGCGAAUCUGAAGCCAAUUAAAUAAGCUACUAACAGAAGCAUGGUGUUUCUGUAAACCUAAGAUUCACGUUCAUAAGGUACUAUGGUUUUCUUAAACAAAGUUGUGAAAGAUCAGUUUAAGCGUAAGGCCAGUCUGAUAAAGAGCAAGAGACGUGUCUAUAGGAGCAGUCGAGAGUUCUCUUAGUUGAAGGCGCAGGAUAAGCAGUUCAUCAAUCGCUUAAGAAACUCCCUAGUGAGUGAUCUCUUGACAUUUUUCAAAGGAAAGGAGGCAUAAAGGAUGGACGUUCUGACAAGAAUGUAAUUUCUUCUGGGGGCAG